AAGUAGCUCUCAUGUUUUUUUUAAAAUGAUUCAAACUUUGAAUGUUAAAAUGUAUAGUGGCUCAUUGUGUUUUAUCGUGUUUUACUUAUUUUUAUCGUUCCUUACAAAUCUUGGUGGAGCACAGCACAUAAAAAGUCCUGCUACAGACUUCCGUAGACACAGCAUAGUUCAGCCAGUACUGCAUCAUGGCAGGACGAAAAGAGAGAUCACAUCCACACGCCAUACGGAUGGUCUCCAUCAUCCUGAGGUGACAAUGACCGUUAACCUUGGCGGAGUGGAGAACAUUCUCGAUCUGGUGUUAAACGAAGGUUUGAUACCAGGAGAUCAUGCGGUAAUCUAUCAGAAAAAUGGAUCAGUUGUGACCAACAAGCCCAGCAUCGAGGAGCUGGACAUAUGCCAGUACUCUGGCAAGGUGAGGAACAAAACGGACUCCUGGGUAGCACUGUCGACCUGCGACGGCGUGAGGGGGGUCAUUUACGAUGGGCAGCACAUGAGAUACAUUGAACCGGCGCAAGUAGAUACCGAGAUUGGCUCUAAACACUUCGUCUACGACCAUUCAGAUUUGUCGGCUAAGUCCACCUGCGGAUACUACGAUGGUAUUAAUAUUAAAGAUGACCUUGAACAUUUAAAGAUGCAGUUUAGAAAACAAAGCAAAAAAUUUAAGAGAUCUAUUCGGUACAAACGAAGAACGCAUAACUCUGAGGUGAAAGAGAUCCAAGGCCCAUUCAAAGUGAACAAGAAGUCUCGAUUCGUCGAGCUGGUACUAGUGGCUGACAGAUCAGUGUACGAAGCCAACGAUGAAAAUAUCCAAACAGUUCACAGACAGUUAAAGGACAUCGCGAAUAUCAUGAAUUCUUUAUACGCGCCGCUGAAUAUCUUCAUAGCUCUAGUGGGCGUUGUUAUAUGGACGGAGCGGGAUGAAAUAAGCUUAAAUGGGAUAGAAGACGAUACUCUAUCGAACUUCUUGAAAUACAGGAAAGGUAUAUUAAGCAAUACAAUGCCCAAUGACAAUGCACAGUUGUUGACGAUGAAGAAAUCUAAAGAUGGCAUCGUUGGAAAUGCCUUAAAGGGUACAAUAUGCACUUUUGAGUUUUCUGGUGGCUUGGCGGUCAACCACUCUGCAGUAAUUGGACUGGUGGCUUCUACCGUAGCUCAUGGAUUGGGGCACAAUUUCGGCAUGAAUCACGAUUUCGAACCUGACUGCGAAUGCCUUGACGAGAAAUGCAUCAUGAAUCCCGGCGUUGGUUCGGUCGCCCCAACGCAUUGGUCUGUCUGCAGUCGUCAUUCGCUUGCCCUCUCUUUCGAAAUGGGAAUGGAUCAUUGCUUACGAAACAAACCGAAGCGUCUGUUUGACUCACCAACGUGCGGCAACGGGUUCGUGGAGCCGGGCGAGCAGUGCGACUGCGGUCUGCGCCCCGACCCCGCCUGCGCGGAGUGCUGCGACCCGCAGCUAUGCGUGCUGCGCGCAAACGCUACGUGCGCUUCCGGAGAGUGCUGCGACCCGCGGAGAUGUCGACUAAAAGCAGCGAGCACAGUUUGUCGGUCUGCGAUAAGCGAGUGCGACUUGCCAGAGUACUGUACUGGACACUCGGAGUUCUGCCCGAAGGAUGUGUACAAGAUGAACGGCUUGCCCUGUGCAAGCGAUCAGGCAUUCUGUAUACAAGGCUCGUGUACCACGCACACAGACCAGUGCCGGCUGUUGUGGGGCGCGACGGGUCGCAACAGUGAUGCUGAGUGUUACCAACAGAAUAAAAGAGCAAAUAGGUACGCGAACUGUGGUUACACACGGGCUACAGAAACCAAACAUGCGCAGUAUUUACGCUGCGACUCUGAAGACGUGCUAUGCGGUCGGUUACAUUGUAAACAUUUGAACGAACGCCUUGAAUAUGGUUUGGAGACCGCCGCUAAACUUACGGCUGCGUUCAUAAAUAAUAACGGUACAAUUAAAGUCUGCCGAGCCGCUGUUAUCGAUUUGGGAACACAAGACGUUGAUCCGGGGAUGGUUCCAGAUGGUGCGAAGUGCGGUGAUGACAAGAUGUGCUUGAACCAAAAGUGUGUUGGGGCGGAUGAAGUCCGGAAUGCAGUGGCUACUCUGAGAGAGACAUCCAUCUGUCCGUCCGGCUGUUCGGGCCAUGGCGUCUGUAACUCUGAAGGUCACUGUCACUGCGACCCUGGUUUUUCACCUCCGGGAUGCUUUCGGCGCGGCGCCAGUGGUUCCCGCGAUUCUGGUCCAGCCGAAUUUCCUGAGGGGCUUUUCAAUAUAUGGGAUUACUAGUGAAAUAAAAUAAAUUGAUCCAAAUGUAAAACGUA